CAAAGCAAAGAAAACUUUAUUCUUACAACAAUAUCUAUCUUUGCAAAUUUAUGCAAUCCCACCUAUCACCUCAAUAUUGCUCACUGUUUUCUCCUUUUGCUUUUGGCCUCUUCAUAUCUAUACACUACUAAAGUCUGUCUUGGUGAUGCACUCCCAACCGCCAAAUGCAUCGACCAAGAGAGACGUGCGCUUCUCACCUUCAAAGAAGAUCUCACCGAUCCUUCCGGCAGGCUUUCUUCUUGGGUCGGUCGCGAUUGCUGCCAAUGGAAAGGAAUUUCGUGUAACAACAACACAGGUCAUGUCAAAAAGAUGAGUCUCCAGAAUCCAUACAUAUAUACACUAUCGGUCUUUGAUGCAGCGCAAGAUGAGAUGGAGUACUCGUCGUUGGGUGGUAAGAUAAAUCCUUCUUUGCUUAGCUUGAAGCAUUUGAAUUACUUAGAUCUAAGCCAGAAUGAUUUUCGAGGGAUUCACAUUCCCGAAUUCUUUGGCCAGCUAAAAAAUUUGAGGUAUCUCAAUCUCUCCUCAGCUUCAUUUGGAGGAGAGAUUCCACCUCAUCUUGGUAACUUGUCACAUUUGAACCAUCUUCAUCUCAGUGAAGAGUCUGACUACUCCUUACUUAAACUACCUUCCGAAAACUUGAAUUGGCUUUCUCGUCUCUCUUCCCUAAAAUACCUCAAUCUUGAAGGGUUGGACCUCAGCAACACAAGUUGCCUACAUAAUUUUAACAUGCUUCCCUCCCUACUUGAAUUACACUUGCCAUCAUGCGAAAUUGAAAGCCUUCCACUCUCACUCAAAAACAUUAGCCUCAUAUCACUUUUGGUCCUUGGCGUGUCGUAUAACGAUUGGAAGUUUCCAUUUCCUGAUUGGUUUUUCAGUCUUGGUAGCAUCACAAAAAUGGAUUUAAGUGGGAACUCGUUGAUUGGUCCCUUUCCCAUUGAACUUGAGAGCCUCAAAUCACUUGAACACCUUCAUUUAUCUUUCAAUGGACUUAAAGGUCGAAUUCCCAUGCUUGAAAAUUUUUGCAGUCUAAAGACCUUAAAUCUUGCCAGCAACAAAUUUGAUGGGGGGAUUCAAGAGCUGUUCGACGGAUUAUCAAGUUGUCCCAAUAGAAAACUCAAGUCACUAGAUUUGUCUUCUAAUAUGCUGCAAAGCAAUUUGCCGGCGUCCUUGGGGAUGCUACGCAAUUUGAAGUAUCUCAGCCUCUAUAACAAUCUUAUGAAUGGGUCCAUUCCUGAAAGUUUAGGACAACUUCCUGAGCUAGUUCACCUCGAUCUGUCGUUCAACCCGUGGGUAAGCAUUUUGACUGAAUCCCAUUUCAUGAACCUCACAAGAUUGAAAUACUUUGCAUUAGGCAGAGUGGAUCCAUACCCAACUCUACCUAUUCACCUCAGUUUCAAUGUGUCUUAUAAUUGGGUACCUCCUUUCAUGCUUCACACAAUCAACAUUGCGAACUGUAAAGUAGGUCGUACCUUUGGGGUAUGGCUUCAAUCUGAAACUGAACUAGUCUUUGUCAAACUUCAGGGUACUGGGAUUUCCAAUUCUAUACCAAAGCACUGGUUCUUGAAAUUAUCUUCCAACGUCGAAUAUUUGGAUUUUAUCUUACAACCAAAUCACUGGAAACCUUCCAAUGGAAUUGAAUUUUCGGAAUACUCUAAUUUUGGAUGUGAGGUUUCCAAAACUGAAUUUCCUCAAACAUGGAGUCAGUUGCAUGAGAUCUUGGUCAUAGAUGCUGCACACAACAAUCUCUCAGGCAAACUUCCUAGUUCGAUUGGUGUCCCGGGCGCUCUUUUCGGGUUGAAGCUGAACAACAACAACUUCGAUGGUGAAAUUCCUCUUUCCUUGCAAAAUUGCACUUCUUUGAGGCAUAUUGAUCUCGGAGAUAACAAAUUCACUGGAAAAAUACCUUCAUGGAUAGGAUCAAGGGUGCCACUGGUAUCGAUCUUACGACUGCGGUCCAAUUUUUUCGGUGGAGAAGUUCCCCAACAGUUGUGCAAUCUUGGCUACCUUCAUAUCCUAGACCUUGCACACAACAACUUUUCAGGGACUAUUCCUAAGUGCUUGAAUAAACUGAGUGCUCUGACGCAUGGAAAUUUCAGUGCUUAUGACUUAUAUGCUUUUUAUGACCAAGAAACAUCAGUGGUGAAAGUAAGACAACUCGACUAUCAGCCGCAGACUAUAAUGUUCGUAAGAAGCAUUGAUCUUUCAUCGAAUAACCUCGAAGGUGAAAUCCCUGAAGAAAUAUCCAGCCUCGCUCUACUGCAUAACUUGAACUUGUCGAUGAACCAAUUGAGAGGAAGCAUUCCAUCAAAGAUUGGGAACUUGAUGUUGCUCGAAGCUCUUGAUCUUUCGAUCAACCACCUUUCAGGAGAGAUUCCUCAAAGUAUUUCACUUCCGACGUUCUUGUCUCACUUGAACUUGUCUUAUAACAACUUGACCGGUAGAAUUCCUUCGGGCAGCCAACUUCAGACACUCACGGAUCCAUCCAUUUACGAGGGUAACCCGUCACUGUGUGGGGUUCCUCUUUCAACCAAGUGUCCCGGAGAUGAUCACACUCCUACAAAAGACAAUGAUCAUGAAGAUGGAAAUGAUAAGUUUUGGUUCUACGUUAGCAUAGCACUCGGAUUUAUCGUAGGUUUUUGGGGUGUUUGUGGCAGAUUAGUCGUCAAGAAGACAUGGAGGUAUGCUUAUUUUGGAUGGUUCGAUGCCAUUAAAGAUAAGGUACUGCUAGCAAUUGCAGUGCAAAUGGCUCGUUUUCAAAGGAAGGUUUGAUUAGAGUAGAAAUAUGAAUGUCGUUCUUGAAUUCGGAAAAUUUUUAAUAACUAUAAAAUACAUGUACUGUGUGAUUUUUAUUUUUUGUUCUUCCUUUUGUUGGAAUUUACGAAUGUACUUGCACUGGAUGUUUGAUGAAUA